UAACGAGUAAACGUGAUAGACCGGUGUACAUGACCACAUUUCGAACAGUAGUUGUCAGUUAACAUGAAACCCUCGGACAUAGAGCAAAAGCAUCCCCGCCUCUAUUUAGAGGUGUGUUCCCACAGUGAAGAUCCAUGUCUUCCGCUGCACACCUCCAUUGCCCUGUUUCUCUUGUCUUACUGCGAGUGCAAGUCGUUUAAAGUAUUCCUGGUCUGCACCAAACCUGGCAGCCCCCAGACAUUUAAGAGUCAGCUGCCAGAGUCCCUGGAGGUGUGUGAUAUUGAGCUGGAGGCUCUGCCGCCACUGGUGAGGGGCUGCCGUCUGCCUGCUGUUCUGGAUGAGACAGGGACGCUGUGCAGGGCAGGACUGGCAGUGGUGCUGAGACACAUCAUCAACACUACUACUGAGGCUGACCCCGGUAGAAAUGAUGUGUCUGCUCUCCUCGGUUUCAAAAAGACCUGCCUGAAGGCCUGUGCAGAGGUGAGCAGAUGGACCAGACUGUGUGAAAUUGGCAUCCCCUCUGCUGUUGAAGAACUCCUCAAUAAUCCUACAGUUCAAUAUCUGCAGCUUCCUCUUGCCAUCCUCACCCUUGAGCAAAGGCUUGCAGAGCCUGUUAAAGUUCACAACGACGACAAAAUACGGAGACAGAAACUCAAGCAGCAGAAGCAAAAGGAAAGCAAUGAGUCCUCUGAAGGCCAAGGGAAAGCAGACGCUGAGUCCCAGCCCAGGCAGUCAGUUCAGGCCUGUGAUGGACUUGAACUCAGAGCUGCUCUUGCCAAGCUGUCUGUGGAUUCAGUUCCAUCUGCGGCCACCAGAGAGACCUCUGAGAUCAGGAAAGUGAAGACCACAGACUUGCCUCCUUUGGAGCAUGUGUUUGCAGAAGGACUGUACUUCACUCUGACUGAUGUGGUCCUUCUGCCCUGCAUCCAUCAGUACCUGGGUUCUAUCCAAGCUCAUGCUGUGGGCGUUCUGUACCGACUCCCCCACCUGCUGCGUUGGUACAGCCGUGUCCAAGAGGUACCUGGAGUACUCCGAGCGGCCAAGGCUUGUGGGAUAACAUUCUUCAUCCCUUCUUUAUCGAGUCCCCCUGGGCCUGCGAUAGAAGACAUUCCAGCCAGCCAACUGGAGCAUGAACACCAGGAGAUGACCACACAGCUGCCUUUUGUUGGGGGCCCAAGGCCCACAAUGACAAAACUCCAAGAAAAUGGCAUCGAGGCAGUCUUCGCUCCCCAUCCUUGCCCUGCCUGGACCCUCCCAUGGGAUCAUUUACCAGAGGCUAUCAACCCCACCGAAGGGAAAAUGUCAAAUAUCCGUGCAGUGAGGAAGAGGCAACAGCUGAAUAACUUGGUUGCCAUGGUAACGGAGCUAGCCAGGCCAGGAAACACCGUUGUGGAUUUCUGCAGUGGAACGGGGCAUGUAGGAAUUGUUCUGGCUCACGCUCUUCCAGAUUGCCAGGUCAUCCUCAUAGAAAACAAAGAGGAGUCCUUGGUCAGGGCCCAGGGUCGCAGUGCUGAACUCGGUCUGGAGAACAUCGGAUUUAUUCAAGCCAAUCUGGACUACUUCACUGGACAGUUUCACAUUGGGGUUGCCCUCCAUGCAUGCGGGAUUGCAACAGACAUGGUGAUGGAGCAUUGCAUCCAGGCAGGAGCCGCCUUUGUCAUCAGCCCUUGUUGCUACGGCUUCAUCCAAAACGCAAACAAGUUUUCCUUCCCCAGGAGCCCACGAUUCCAAGACACUCUGACUUACAAGGAACACAUGAUUCUUUGCCGUUUUGCAGACCAAACUGCCGUCCAGCUCCCUCCUGAAAGGCGGCUCAUAGGUAAACAGUGUAUGGGCCUUGUAGACUUGGAUCGAUCGUGGGCAGCAGAGGCUCAUGGGUACUCGGUGCAAGUGAUGACCAUGGAGCCUGAGAGCUGUUCACCCAAAAACAACAUGCUGAUGGGAAGGCCGGCGCAGAAAAGCGAACUGGAAGUCGGCGUUAGACAGGUGGAAGCACCGGGGCAUAAUUAGACCGGCAAGGACCAGUUUCCUACAGAACAUUUGUGGUUUGGGUCGGGGUUUGAUAAACUACUUGGCCUCCGUGGUUCAUGGCAGUGUCAUGAAAUUGCCGGGAUUUUAUUUUUAUACGUCUGCCCUCAGCAAUUUCUAUUCAUUUUUUACGAGACAUUUUGGAAGAAGUGACCUUGGUAAAUAAAAUAUAUUGUUGUUUCUGGA